AUGGGUGGAGGAAGCAUAUUUCAAGAACCAGACAGGAUGAAACGUAGGAGACAAGUAACAGAAGAGAAUAUGGAAGAAGAUGAGAGCUUUAAAUCUCCAAAUCUUGAAGCAGAGAGACGUAGAAGACAGAAGCUACAUGUUCGGCUUAUGGCUCUAAGAUCUCAUGUCCCAAUUGUCACCAACAUGACUAAAGCGAGUAUUGUUGAAGAUGCGAUUACUUACAUAGGAGAGCUUCAGAAGAAUGUUCAGAAUCUAUCAGAGAAGCUUUUUGAAAUGGAAGAAGCUCCUCCUGAGAUUGAUGAUGUAGAACAAACUGAUCAGACGAUGAUUAAACCUAAACUUGAAACUAUUCAUCUAAAAGAAGAGAUGAAGAAGCUUGGAAUCGAGGAGAAUGUGCAGUUGUGUAAGAUUGGGGAGAGGAGGUUUUGGUUAAAGAUCAUAACAGAG